CUUAUCGUCGCUUCUUCCUACGUUUAUCUUCCUACACUGAAAAGGCAGCACCCAUAAUCUACUACUAGAAAACCCUAGCGCUAAUACAACUGUGGCGUUGAGACGCCUUCUUUUCCUACGCCCACUUCGAUUCAUCCGCAACCUUCAAUCAUCCAUUGCACACCGGAGUUUCUGUCAAAUUAGUACCGAGAUGGCAGAUACCACGGAUAGUGGGAGGAGCUUCAAGAGGAGGGACCAGCUUUUGGAAAUGGAACAGGAAGUUCGGAAGUGGUGGGAUGAGUGUCAAGUUUUCAAUGCUGAAGCUAAUGACCAACCUCCCAAAGCAGGAGAAAAGUUUUUCGGGACCUUCCCAUUUCCAUAUAUGAAUGGGUAUCUGCACCUGGGGCAUGCAUUUUCACUCUCUAAGCUUGAAUUUGCUGCUGCGUAUCACAGAUUGAGGGGUGCUAAUGUUCUUUUACCCUUUGGCUUCCAUUGUACUGGUAUGCCAAUCAAAGCCUCAGCUGAUAAACUUCGAAGGGAGAUAGAAAGAUUUGGUAAUCCACCUUCUUUUCCUUCACUGGAGACAGAGGAAAUGAUUAGUGAACCAGAACCGAAAGCUAAUGAAGGAAACAACCAGUCUCAACCGGACAAGUUUAAGGGCAAAAAAUCCAAGGCGACAUCAAAAGCUGGUAAGGAGACUUACCAGUGGGAGAUAAUGCGUGGUUAUGGCUUAUCUGAUGCUGAGAUUGCCACGUUUCAAGACCCUGUUCAGUGGCUUCGGUUUUUUCCUCCUUUGGCUGUUGAAGACCUUAAAGCUUUUGGAUUGGGUGCUGACUGGAGGAGGUCCUUUAUCACAACGGACAUUAACCCAUUUUUCGAUUCGUUUGUGGGGUGGCAGAUGAGAAAGCUAAAAGCAUUGGGGAAGAUUGUUAAAGACUUAAGGUACACGGUUUAUUCGCCUUUGGAUGGGCAGCCUUGUGCUGAUCAUGAUCGGGCAUCAGGGGAAGGUGUUAUUCCCCAGGAGUAUACACUCAUUAAGAUGGAGGUUGUCCGACCAUUCCCUGCCAAAUUUGCAUUUUUAGAAGGGAAGAAAGUAUAUCUAGCUGCUGCAACUCUCAGACCGGAGACCAUGUAUGGCCAGACAAACUCGUGGGUACUGCCAGAUGGGAAAUAUGGUGCCUUUGAGAUUAAUGAAUCCGAGGUGUUUAUUGUAACGGAGCGUGCAGCGCGUAAUUUGGCAUAUCAGCGUUUGUCCCGUCUCCCUGAAAAGCCUUCAUGUCUCGUUGAGUUGACUGGUCAGGAUCUUAUUGGGUUACCCCUCCGAUCACCACUUUCAUUUAAUGAAAUUAUAUACUGUCUUCCGAUGCUUUCGGUUCUCACUGAUAAAGGUACUGGGAUAGUUACCAGCGUUCCCAGUGAUUCUCCCGAUGAUUAUAUGGCAUUGCAGGAUUUGAAAGCAAAAGCUCCUUUCAGGGCUAAGUUUGGUGUCAAAGAUGAGUGGGUAUUACCCUUUGAGGUUAUCCCAAUCAUCAGUCACCCAGAAUUUGGUGACAAGUCUGCUGAGAAAAUAUGCACCGACAUGAAGAUCAAGAGCCAAAAUGAGAGGGAGAAGCUUGAUGCUGCAAAAAAGGUAAUAUACAAGGGUGGUUUCUAUGAGGGAACCAUGAUUGCUGGGGAAUAUGCUGGGAUGCGUGUUCAGGAAGCUAAAAGCUUAAUCAGAAGCAAGCUUUUAGAACUUGGCCAAGCUGUUGUAUACAGUGAACCUGAGAAGAAAGUCAUGUCGAGAUCAGGUGAUGAGUGUGUUGUUGCCUUGACUGAUCAAUGGUAUCUCACUUAUGGAGAAUCUAAUUGGAGAGAAGAUGCAGAGGAGUGCUUGGCCAACAUGAAUCUGUACUCUGAUGAGACCCGACAUGGGUUUGAGCACACAUUGAGCUGGCUUAACCAAUGGGCAUGCUCUCGUAGUUUUGGUCUAGGGACUCGUAUUCCUUGGGACAAGGAGUUUCUAGUGGAAUCAUUAUCUGAUUCAACCAUCUACAUGGCUUACUAUACAGUCUGCCAUCUGUUACAGAAAGGGGAAUUGUAUGGUUCAGACACUUCAUCUGUAAAACCUGAACAACUUACGGAUGAAAUAUGGGACUAUUUGUUUCUUUCUGGCGCAGAACCUAAAUCUUCUGAUAUCCCUUUGCCGCUUCUUAAAAAGAUGAGGCAGGAGUUUGAAUAUUGGUAUCCGGUUGAUCUUCGUGUUUCUGGUAAAGAUCUAAUACAGAACCACCUUACAUUUUGUAUUUAUAACCACACUGCAAUAUUUCCCAAAAGACACUGGCCUCGUGGGUUUAGAUGCAAUGGACACAUUAUGUUAAAUUCUGAGAAGAUGUCAAAGUCAACCGGGAAUUUUAGGACACUAAAGCAAGCUAUCGAGGAAUUCUCAGCUGAUGCCACUAGAUUCUCUCUUGCUGAUGCUGGCGAUGGGAUGGAUGAUGCCAAUUUUGUAUUUGAAACUGCCAAUGCUGCAAUUUUGCGGCUCACCAAGGAGAGGGUGUGGAUGGAGGAAGUUCUAGCUGCCGAGUCAUCUUUAAGAGUGGGUCCGCCUUCUAUUUAUGCGGAUCGUGUAUUUGCUAAUGAAAUCAACUUUGCAAUAAAAAUGACGGAGAAGAACUACAGUGAGAACAUGUUUCGUGAAGCUCUCAAAACAGGGUUCUAUGAUCUCCAAGCUGCCAGGGAUGAAUAUAGGUUUUCUUGUGGCUUGGUUGGCAUGAAUCGUGAUCUUUUGUGGCGGUUCAUGGAUAUUCAGACGCGUCUUAUUGCUCCUAUUUGCCCACAUUAUUCUGAAUAUGUAUGGAAGAAGCUUUUGAAGAAAGAAGGGUUUGUCAUCAAGGCUGGAUGGCCUGAAGCUGAAAACCCUGAUCUGACCCUUCAGAUGGCCAACAGAUACUUGCAGGAGUCUAUAUCCAAUUUCAGGAAGCUUCUCCUGAAGCAGGCUUCUGGUGGUUCUAAGAAAGGUGGCAGUAAUAAAGUGAGUACUCAAAGCAAACCAACAAUUGGCUUGAUAUUUGUGAAUGAACAAUAUGAUGGAUGGAAGAGAGAGUGUUUGAACAUCCUACGAGACAAAUAUGACAGUCUAAACCGCAAGUUUGCGCCAGACCAGGAGAUACUACAAGCUCUGCAGCAGAGUGCAAUUGGCCAGGAAGGAAACUUUAAGCAGACACAGAAAUUAUGCAUGCCAUUCUUGAGGUUUAAGAAGGAUGAGGUGAUGACGCUUGGGGUUCAGGCUUUGGAUUUAAGGCUGCCAUUUGGUGAAAUCGAGGUUCUUCAAGAGAACUUAGAGUUGGUAAAAAGACAGAUAGGUCUUGAACAUGUGGAAAUUUUGUCGGCUACAGAUCCAGAUGCUGUUAUCAGGGCUGGCCGCCAUGCUUCAUUACUAAAGCAAACUCCACCAUCCCCAGGAUCACCUACAUCUAUAUUUUUGACCCAAGAAGAUAUGGCUUGAAAAUCGAGGAUUAAGAGAAAGGAGAAGAGUAUUGGAACCUGCUGGCUGGCUGGCUUAGGUAGCAGAAAAUACAGAAUCGAGUGUCGCAUGCAGUUUGUGAAGAAUCCUAAUCUUUGCAUUUUCUGCAUCAUCAUUAUUUGGUUUUUGCCAACUUUUUGUAGUGAUCACAAGGUUUUCGUGAUGUUAUUUUGCCAAGUUGUGAAACAGUGAUAUCUUUAUUGUUUCCAGGAGAAGCUAUGUGAAUGCAAGCGAAGUACCCGCAGAAUGUGAUGAACGUCGGCAUACUCAUCGUUCGUUUUACUGGUAAUUGCAUCUUUUUUCUCGUGUGUGGGACUUGAAAUCUUGCUAUUGUUGCUUAGCUAUGUUUAUGGUUGACAAUUGUUUUACAUUUUUAGCUCAAGAUUUUCUAUAAAGAAUUCUCCUGUUUUUACUCCCAUUUGUUAAUAGUUUCAGUAGUUUAAAGUUG